AUGGCUUGGAGAUGCAGCGGAACGACCAACCACGAGUUGGUUUCAAAACUCGCAAAAGCAAAACUCAUCACAAAUCCUCUGAUUAAACAAGCAAUGGAAGCAACAGAUCGUGCAUUAUAUUGUAGAACUGCAUGGGUUCCGUACGCUUAUGAAGAUAGACCGCUUCCGAUCAGUGAAGAAGCAACCAUUUCUGCUCCGCAUAUGCAUGCCUAUGCGUUACAACUGUUGGAAGAUCACCUCAAACCUGGAAAUCGUGUAUUGGAUGUUGGUAGCGGAAGUGGUUAUUUGUUAGCUUGCAUGGCUGAAAUGCUAGUACCAGAUCCAGAGAAUAUUGUACCAAACACCAAAGUUGUGGGUAUUGAAUAUGUAGAAGAAGUCUAUGCAUUUGGAAAGAAUAAUAUUGAACAAAAAAGUGAAAGAAUGAAACGACUUGUCCAGAAAGGUGUUAUAGAAUUAAUUCGAGGGGAUGGUUGGAAGGGAUAUCCUCAGAGCGGUCCUUAUCACGCCAUUCACGUGGGAGCAGCCGCAGCCACACUCCCUCAAGCACUCGUGGAACAAUUAGCUCCUGGUGGACGCAUGGUCAUUCCUGUUGGUGAAUGGUCUCAAGAUUUGAUGGUCAUUGAUAAAGAUGUGAAUGGUAAAGUCAAAAAGCAAUCCGUAAUGGGUGUAAUGUAUGUUCCCUUAGUCAACCCAAACCAGUCACAAUAG